UUUUGUAGUUCCUGUGUUGGUGUCCUGUCACCGUUGUAGUACGAGCUGUCAUAGCUAAUAAUCAGUUUGUCCUCCUGGCUUUCCUUCCUCGGACUCAGUAAGUUUGGGGCCUUCGGAUGUACCGGAUUUUUCGCUCUUAGUCUUGUUAGUGAUGUCAGAUAACCAUUGUGCUAACGGCUAAAGUUAGCACAUUGCCAUAAAACUUGACAGCUAGCAUUUAACAGUAGCUAGCAGCGUUAGUAAGCUUUCGUGCAGUUAGCUAGCUAGCCUGUUGGCAGUAGGAGGGUUGGAAGCCGCCCACCACUCUAAGCACUGUUCCAGACAAAGAGUUAAAGAUGGAGGCCCAAAGCUCUUGUGAGCUGCUCCCUUCUAGGAAGAGAAGAAGAGAUGGCUCCAAUGGGGAGACUGAGGAGGGAGAAAGAUUUGGGAAAAUUCCAAGAUGCACCGUGGGAUUGAAACACCCAGCACCUUUUGCAGAUGAGCUUGUGCCAGAUGGUAAACCAUAUGAGAGAGUCAACAUGGAAGAGGCAAAGAGGGGAACACCUCCCGACAGACCAGUGCGAGUUUACGCAGAUGGCAUCUUUGAUGUUUUCCACUCAGGUCAUGCUAGAGCGCUGAUGCAGGCUAAAUGCCUCUUUCCAAACACACAUCUUAUUGUUGGAGUGUGCAGUGAUGAUCUAACCCACAAAUACAAGGGCUUCACAGUGAUGAAUGAAGACGAGCGAUACGAUGCUAUCAGACAUUGCCGCUAUGUGGAUGAAGUGGUGCGAAACGCUCCCUGGACAUUAACGCCAGAGUUCCUUGCAAAACAUCGCAUUGACUUUGUGGCUCAUGACGACAUCCCAUAUUCAUCGGCGGGUAGUGAUGACGUGUACAGGCACAUUAAGGAAGCCGGUAUGUUUGCUCCCACCCAACGAACAGAGGGCAUUUCCACCUCUGACAUUAUCACUCGAAUUGUCCGAGACUAUGACGUGUAUGUGAGACGCAACCUGCAGAGAGGAUACACAGCUAAAGAACUCAACGUCAGCUUCAUCAAUGAGAAGAAGUACCACCUGCAGGAGCGCGUAGAUAAGGUGAAGAGGAAGGUGCGUGAUGUGGAGGAAAAGAGCAAAGAGUUUGUCCAGAAAGUGGAAGAGAAAAGCAUUGACCUCAUCCAGAAAUGGGAAGAGAAAUCCAGGGAGUUCAUUGGCAACUUCCUGCAGAUGUUUGGCCCUGAAGGAGCUUUGAAGCACAUGCUGAAGGAAGGAAAAGGCCGCAUGCUGCAAGCCAUUAGCCCCAGGCAAAGCCCAAGCAGCAGCCCCACCCGAGAGGAGCGCUCGCCCUCCCCCACUUUCCGGCUCCCCUUCUUCUCCAAGACUUCUCCUCCCCCCUCCCCCCCACCCCAUCACAGUGGAGCCCGCGGAUACCUCAUCAGCGAGGAUGACGAUGAAGACGACGACGAUAACUAAGCCAACAGUUUUAAUUCUGCUCCACUGGGUCUCAUUGCAGUUUAAUGGAGCUGUGUGGUUUUUAUCGGGCUCCUGCUGUAAGUUUUAUUUCUUUUAUGUUUUUUUUUUUUGUUUCUAGCCCUUCGGUGUCAUGUUCAUUAUAAAAGCCCGGUUCUUCACAGCUGUUGCUUUUAACAGCCAUUUUUCAUCCUUUUUGUUUUCUGUGUAAUGGUCAGUGAAACUUACCACUUGUUUACCCAAACUUAGUUUCACGUAGAAUCUGUCACUUUUUUAUGUUCAUAGUCACUCACUGUCACUUUGGAAUAUUUUCAGGUGUUACACUCAGUACACUGUUCCACCUCUGAUGGAAGGUGCAGUAGGAGCUCUUGUCUGUGUUAAGCUCUAGUAGCAUGGUUUUAGGUCAGGUUUUAUGUUGCAGCAGAAGCUUUAGUUUUGAUGCGUGAGAGGUGAGCUGCAGAAUCAUGAGACACUGAGUUUCACCGGAUAAAGUUGUCAGAGCCGUUAUAAAAACCCUAAAUGAUCCGAUGGUGUCAGGGCAGUUUAUAUUCUGCUCUUGGUAACAUGAAACCAACCUCUUUUUUUCUUCAUUACGUGGGAAAAGAGCAGAAUCUGAGGGUAGAAAUGUCAACGGCACCCUUUUCCCCUCGUGUGUGUCUGCCUGCCGUGUAUGUGCAUGCAGUGUUUUUUUUUGUGUGCCAGCUCUUUGAGUCAGCAUGUUUAAGAUGUCCUAAGUCUGGGUUCAGCUUUUACUUGCAGAAAGUUAUAAAUUUAAUUUUAAAUUUUUUUAUUGUCUGAUGACGAGCAUCAGUCUUUGAAAGACUAGUUUCAAACUAGACGCCUUUCAGUGGCGUAAGGGAACGGAUGACACCGUGUAAAUGUUUAUGUAGAAAUGCCUAUUUUUGUAGUUUUUCAUCUCAGUGAUUUUUCAGUCUGAGCAGAGAACACAAGCAAGGCUAGACUUGCCUUUUUUUCUGUUAAUUUUAUGCAGAUCUGGGCCUGUGAGAAAGUCACUUUCACUUUAUAUGAGACAUGAUGAUAAAAGUAGUUUUUCAUACAUCAAAAAAAUAAUUAAAUAUCCUACUUCUUACAAGAAGGUGUUCAGCUGGAGUCAUUAGCAGAAAAUCAUUUUAAUGAAGCAAGCCUCUGCAUGGGUAUCACAUAGCAAAAAGACAGAACCUCCACAAAAGCAACUGACUCCGAUUCUUAAAAUGAGGGUGUGUUUUAAUGGACUGGAUGGUACUGUGUCACAUCAGAUUAUGGAGAUUUAUUUACGUAGCUACCUCCUAACCUGAAUUUCCAAUAUGAGCACAAAGUAUUAGGAUUAUAUUUACUUUCUGAACAGAGCUACUGCUCCGGAUAUAGAAUUAUGACUGUAAAAUACUUCAGAUUUCCAGCCUCCAUUUGUGUCCUACAUCUCCAAUGACAAAGCAUGCGUCUUGUCUCUGCUGUAAGCAAGAUUUAAACAUGUGAUCUGAGGUGAUACAAUACUGUCAGAUGACUAAUAUAAAUGUUAACAGAUGUCAGACUGAUCUGUUCUAGGCUUGGUUUCCCAAAAGCUUUUUAGUGUGAAGCAAUUGUUGCUGGAGCAACAAUGUCUGCUUCUGUCGAGUAAAUCAGAUUUUAAUGUUGGGAAAUAUCUCAGAAGUACAGAAGCAGUAUAAAUUGCUGAGGAAAUCCAGCCUAGAUUUUGGUGCUAAGCUACUUUCGGGAAGUCUUGCCUUGAUUCUCGUGGAAUCUUUCCUUUUAAAUCAGUGUAAACCUUUCAGUAUGAGCAUCUCCACGUGAAGACUUGGGUGGCAAGCCAAGAACAGCCACUACUACCAAGAGGCAAACAUGUAAAUGUUUUUAAAAGUAGUCGUUUUGUCUUUUGUUUGGGGUUAUUUUUGUCUUGCAUCUUGGAUGUAGAAGAGCGAAACAAAAAGAUUAAAAUAUGUUGGCCAAAGCAUUUGA